GGUGUUUGCGAUUCCGAUUUGAUCGGUUGAAAUUUUUCCGAUGGUGGAUCAUUACCAAGUUCUAGGCGUUACGAGAAACGCGACGAAGAAGGAGGUUAAAGAUGCGUUUCGAAGAUUGGCGAUUAAGUAUCAUCCUGAUAAGCACGCUCAGUCUCCGGACCAUGUUCGUCGAAACGCCACCGUGCGGUUUAAGCUUGUAUCGGAGGCGUACGAAGUUUUGAAUGAUGAUCUGAAACGCGCGUCUUAUAACGCUGGUAGCGAUUCAGAUUGUUUUCGUCGUACGAGCGGAAUCGUCAGACCUCUAGCUUCAGCAGCGGAUUUGAUUCGACGUUUCGUUAUUUGACUACGCGAGCGUUUCUACUGAAUCUCGCAUUAGCUGGUGGUUUGUACUUUGCAUUUUCUGCGAUUGAUACAAGCGGAGAAACACUAUGGAAAAUGCGUAACUCAGGGAAAUCAUUCGAAGAAGCAAUGGAAUCAAUCGAGAAAUCAAAGUCACAUAAGGAUGAAGGGUGAAAGAGAGGAAGCAAAGCCGCUGGACUGAACAUAUAUCAUGAAGAGUAUUUAGAUAGGUUUUUAUUUUCUUGUAACGAAUAUUCAUCUCUCCAGAUAAUAUAAUCGAUUAUGAGAGAAGUCCUAGUACACGCAAUUGUAUCUGAGUGCAUAAUGGCAAGCAAAGAUGGGAUGUUCUAAUAAAACAAAUACUGUGUU